GACAAUAGUCGGAGUCCACGGCUUAGCCGUGAAUCCCAUGAAAUUUAGUAUUUGGCGGGACAUUACCCUUUAAAUAGACUGGACUAGAUAUGCCUUGCGCACACCACCUUACGACUUUAUAGACGAAUCUAUGUCUGAAUUAUUUUCUUGCUAGAAAUUUAUGCUCGAUCGAGCUUCUUCCGCCAGACGAUUUUACCUGGUGAUGUCAUAACCCGGAAGUACAAUGCCCGAGGUUCACUUGUCUUCACUCGCCUGGAUGUGAUAUUCCCAGCGCAGAGCUUACGUCCCAUGGUUGUGCCGUAAACCGCAAAGACGAUGAUUUUUGUUAUCCUCUGAAGUCAGCUCAGGGAUGCAAUCACCUACCACCAUAGGGAGCCAACACGGAAUCAACGUAUUCACGGUUUAAAGGGACUGUAUUUUGAAUUUAGAAAUCUGUUUUGUUUGUGCUACUUAAAGUUCACAAUUACAUUAAAGACCUGUGUCACGUCAGAUUAGAAUGGACUAUAAGAACUUUUGUAUCUAGAGAUACUGAACUUUCUUUUUUUUUCUUUCUUAUAAUCAGUUUUUUUUUUCUUUUCAUAUCUAUUCAUUGUUAAUAAUCAUCUUAUGUAAAUAAAUUUGUAAAUAUUGUAAAGGGUGUUGAUUUGUUUUGAUGGUUACUGUCGCCGGUACGGCCUUUCCUGUCACAAUGGUGUCAGAAGUGGGAUUGGUCGACCAGACACAGUAGCUAUUCGAACAUUAUUAACACCCAUUUAACUGCAGCAAUAAUUUGUAAAGAUUCCUCUUGUUUUGUUUUAUUGUUACACAUAUAAUAGUUUUAUUCAUUUUUCAGAGUGACGUCUUACCUCAGACAAGACAAGACAGAUCCGUAGCUUCAGCUAACCAGCUUUUGUGGUCACAGACUGAUAGACAGUUGUUUACGACACUUGGAUUCUGGGGUGAGUUCGUUCCUUUUAUUUUUCUUUUGGGUUUUUGUGUCACUCUAUGAUUAAGCCAUCAUAUAUCUGUGCUGAGAGUGACCGCCCUUGACAAGGAGAGUUAUCCUACUCACUCUUACUUGUGCGUCGCCCUACUUCUCCCAGUGAUCCUAUUUUGUAUUAGUGUACUGUAUACAUACCAGAUACAGUAUUUUUUUUUUUUAAUUUGUGUGUUUUAGCAAGCUUGUUUACUUGCAUAUACUUUUAACCUCCUCUUAUGUUUUAGUGCUACACAGUUGUGUUAUACCUAUACUUUAUCUUAGGAUAAAGCACGUUGAUUUAUUUUUGUUUAUUUGUUACACUAAAGUGUUAACACCAGUUACAGUUGAUUGAUAUUUGAUAAGGCUAAGGUAUUGUUACAGCCUACUGUCACUGUACUUUGUUGAUUGUUGCCUAUGCAACCUUGAUUGACACAUAGUACUGUUCCGCAACUUAGUGUAUUAUUUUAGUGAGGACGUUUUGUGUAGUAUAUACGUAGAGUAUAGUAUUUUGUUUUGGCUUCAGUGGUAACUGUAGAGCCUUAGUGUAAACUAGUGUAGUCUAGUAUUCCCUCACGAUUGUUUAUUUAGUGUCUCAGGUUGUUAUAGUAGCUGUAGUGCGUAGUGUUAUAUAGUGUUAACGUAGUGUAAUCAAACAUGACUAGUGUAGUAGAGUUAACGAAGGUAGGACAGGAGUUAGGUUAUGAAGGAGAGGAGUUACGUAACUUUGUUAAGGAAGAGCAGGCUAGGGAACGUGAGGAAAGACAUAGUAGAUUAGAGGCAGAGAAAGAUAGAUUAGAGGCAGAGAAAUUAAGAGCAGAGGCAGAGAAAGAUAGGUUAGAAGCAGAGAAAGAUAGAUUAGAGUUAGAAGCUAGGUUGCAGAAGGAAAAGAUAGAGUAUGAACGUAAGUUAGAACAGGAUAAGUUAGAAAUGGAAAAGGAGAAGUUAAUGUUAGCUAGGAAGUUAGAAACAGAGAAGGAGGAAGCAGAAAGUAGGAAAUUAGAAACAGAGCAUAAGUUUAAGACAGACUUAGAAAAGAUGAGUAAGAAAAAGGUAAAGGUUAAGAUGUCUCCCUUUGAUGAGAAAAUUGAUUCCAUGGAUGCGUACUUGAAUGUGUACGAAACGUACGCUGUUGCGCAGGAUUGGGAUAAAGAGAUAUGGUCACUUAACUUACCGUUCCUUCUUAAGGGUACGGCAAGAGAGGUUUUUGAUAGGCUUCCUUUGGAAGAUAGGAAGGAUUAUGAUAAACUGAAAGCCGCUUUGCUACGUCAGUUCGAACUCACUGACGAUGGCUAUAAGAAAAAGUUUAGAACUGAGAGGCCUCGGGAUAAUGAGACCUUUGUGAUGUUUCUAGCCAGAAUAAGUAAUAUUUAGA